AUCGAGAUCGCUAUUGGGCGAAGGAGACGUCACUCCCGGCAGGGAGCGAAGGAGACAGGGUUGCCUAAGGCGCCCGGAGAGAUGCUGCAUUUGGGGGUUUUAUGCUGGCGCCGCGGGUUGGCGGGGACUUUUGGUACAUCAGAAGCGGGUCAGAAGUAUAUAUACCUGUUUUGGGGCCCUGAGGCUAGUGAUACAACAACUCUGGCCCUACUGAAAAGAUCUUGCCAUGGGAGGCUGGUAAAUAUAAGCUGCCUCCCUGCAGCACUACUAAGCAGUGGACAGCGUCGCUUCUGUGCAGAUGCCGAGAAUGGCAAUGGGACCCAAAAGGCUGCUUCCCUGAAGGAUAAGUCGUGCUCCGAGAAGGAAACAGCUUCUUCGGGGACCUAUUUUGCCACCCCACCAACGAUUCUCCCUCCCACAACGUGUUGUAUGAGUGGAUGCCACAACUGCGUCUGGAUUGCUUAUGCAGAAGAGGUUCUGAAAUACUACAAGGAUGGUGGCGAGCAAGCUUUGGCUGCUGUGGAGAAACAUAUAGAGGAUGAAAAUAUUAAAAUGUUCCUGAAGAUGGAAAUUAAGUUCCGUAUGAAGAAAGACUGACACUUUUGACCUGAUGCACAUUUAUCCCAUAGUUUCGGACUAUAGGAGACUUUGAAGAGGAAAAGAGAUGAUAUAUUUUAUUUUAUAUAAAGAGUUCUGAUGACUGUGUGUCUAU